AUGCUGAGUUCACGACAUCUGCGCUCAGACUGCGGUUCGCAGACUGCAAUAUCUGCGGUUGAAACCAUAAAACAAGAAACAGCAAUCCUUCUCUCCCCCCUCCUCCUCUCUGCCCCACCCCACAGGCUGCUAGGGUGGGUCCGCUCCCUUUAGCGGCCUGGAAUGUUCGUCCGCUUUUAGAUACUUCCAGGAGCAACCGGCCGGAACGAAGGACAGAGAUAGUCGCUCUGGAACUGGUAGGCUACGUCGCUGCGCUCAGCAAGACCCGGUCCUCCGAACAAGGCCAGCUGGAGGAGGUGGCACCGGCCCCACCUUCCUCUGGAGCGUUCGUCGCAAAGCAGAGCUACUUGGCGCUGGCGUGGCCUUUGCCAUCCGGACCGACAUCGUGAAACGACUGCCCUGUCUACCACAAGACAUCAACAACCGGUUGAUAAGCCUGCGCCCGCCUCUUCUGGGAUCCAAUUUCGUCAUCAUAAUCAGCGCCUACGCUCCACCAGUGACCAGCUUCUACGAGAAUCUGCAAGAACUUCUGACGACUGUGGCGAAGGCGGACAGGUCGAUUGUCCUUGGCGACUUUAAUGCCCGCGCCAAGGCAGACUUCGAUGUUUGA